GUAUAUUUUUUUUGUUGGGCUCAUCAGUCGAAGUGGUACAGAGUCGUAGAGUAAAGCGAGCUGAGAAGAGAGCAAAAGAAACUGAGGAAGCUUUAGAUCAGAACAUUUUUCCUUGAUUUCCAAGCUCUCUUUUCUCUCUCUAAAACCUCCCUACUCAUGGAAUGGUAGAUUUGAGAGUUUGGAAGUGCCGCAUUUGUUAGGUGAGCUUCAGAUCUGUUGUUUUCAUUUUGGAUACAGAUCCUGGCAUUGCAAUGGGCAAAUCACCUGGGAAAUGGAUCAAGACUGUACUCUUUGGGAAGAAGUCAUCAAAAAGUCAUAUUUUGAAAGGAAGAGAGAAAACUACAAAUGAGAGAGAGGUGGUGGUUGCAGCCAAGGCAUCUGGAGAUGAGUUUUCUUCAGUUCCUCCUGCAAUUUCACAUCCAUUCGCUAGUACCACUGAAAGAAUAGAAGUGAAGUCAGAGUUUGAGAACAGGGAAGCUGAUAAUUUAUCUGGUGAUGGGGGAGUAGUUUUGUUGGGCAAUGAAAAUGCAGAAACUCAAGGAUCCAUACCCCAAGAAGUAUCAACUGAUCCCGAGGAAAUUAAGAGAGAGCAAGCUGCAUCACUUGUGCAAGCUACUUUCAGAGGUUAUUUGGCUCGCCGAGCCUUUUGGGCCCUCAAAGGCAUCAUAAGGUUGCAGGCACUUAUCCGUGGGCACUUGGUUAGGAGACAAGCUGUUGCUACCCUGUCCAGUAUGCUGGGAAUUGUCAAGUUUCAAGCACUUAUUCGUGGAAGAAGGGUCAGAAGUUCUGAUAUUGGGCUUGAAGUGCAUAGGAAAUGCAGUGUAGCGAUGCCUCAGGGAGGAAAGCCUGUCGAUCCUGUUGGAGUUAAUUUUUCUGCACAAAUGGAAAAGCUGUCAACAAAUGCAUUCAUUCGUAAGCUUCUUGCUACAUCACCCAAUGUGAUGCCUUUGUAUGUACACUAUGAAUCUGGUGAACCCAAUUCCGUCUCAAGCUGGUUGGAAUGCUGGUCAUCAACCUACUUUUGGAAACCACUUCUUCAACCGAAGAAAAUUCUGGAUUCGAAAUCGCACAAAAAGCUGGGUAAUGGUCAGAUUGCAGAACCCCAAGCAAGCAGGUCAAAGCGGACCCGUAGACCUAAUCCUGCAAAUGUAGAAAGUUUCUCAGCACAAGCACCUUCUGAAGUUGAGAAACCCAAACGUAACUUUAGGAAAGUUUCAAGCCAUGCAGCAGAGCCAGUACAGGAAAAUCCACAAAUUGAGCUUGAAAAGAUCAAACGAAACUUGAGAAAGGUUCACAACCCUAUAGUAGAGAAUUCUGUUCCAUCAGAAGCUGAGACUGAAAUUGCAAAACCAAUUAUCGAAAAAGAAAUUACCAGUCCAAGUCAUGAUGGUUUGGAACAGUACAUUAGUAAUAGUAAUGAGAAGGUAAAGAAAGAGACACCAUCCAGUGAGAAAUUAAAGAAAGAGACAGCAUCCAGUGAGAAGGCAAAGAAAGAAACUGCAUCCGGUGAGAAGGCAAAGAAAGAAGUUGCAUCUGGUGAGAAGGCAAAGAAAGAAACUGCAUCCAGUGAGAAGGCGAAGAAAGAGGUAGCAUCCACGGAGAAGGCAAAGAAAGAGACAACAUGCAAUGAGAAGGAAAAGAAAGAGACAACAUUCAAUGAGAAGGAAAAGAAAGAGACAUUCAAUCUGCCUGAUGUUGAAGCAGUCUCUGAGCCCUCAGUAACAAAAGAGGUCUUUGAUUUAUCAUCUGGUGAUCAACCCAUGGUUGAUGCAAAACCUCUAAUGGAGAGCACUGGUAAAGAGGAAAAUUUGCCUGGUGAUCAAGCAACAGAUGAAUCAAAUGUUUUGACAGAGAGCACCAGAAAAGAGGAGAAUUUUCCUACAGAAAAUGGGGGAUUGAGCUUGAAGGAAGACUUAACAGGUGGUGAGAACCAGAAAUCUGGCAGAAAAACCUUAACUCCAGCCAAGCAAGAGCGUGUAGAGAAUGGGUUACAGAACAGUCCUGCAUUGCCAAGCUAUAUGGCUGCCACUGAAUCUGCAAAGGCAAAGCUGAGAGCACAAGGCUCCCCAAGGAUUGGACAAGAGACAACUGAGAAAAAUAGUGUCAAUCGCCGUCACUCUCUGCCAUCUUCCACUAACAACAAAAUCAGCUCACAGUCACCGAGAACACAGAGAUUGGUCCAAACUGGAGGCAAGGGAGGAAAUAAAAGUGAUAGAUCUUUGCCCUCCAGAGAUGGAAAUGGAAAGGUAUCCCAAACAGAGUGGAAAAGGUGAUUCUGAAUGGCCAACUCGUUUCUUGGAGUUUUAACACAUCAAAUUAUGUUCGUGGGGAGUUUUUGAUUUUAUGUAUUUGUGAUUUCAAGUGGUGUGACUUGUGAGACUGUGACUGUGUCUAUAGUUAAGAGGGCGGUGUGGUGCCAAAGAGCUUUUUUUUUUCUUUCUAAUUUUAUUGCACUGUUGGUGUUUGUGAGUGAAUGUACAUCAUAGGUUUCUAGUUUUAUUAUGACAAAAUCUGCAUCAAUUCUAAAACCCGCGUUUGGUUUUGGCAUUA